AUGCACGUGUGGGAAUAUCGCAACCGGCGGCACAGGGGGCUUACGCGGAAGCCCCCACGGCCACAGGCUCAUGCUUCCGCCUUUCUGUCGCGCGAGAGCCAGCAGCACGAGGCAGAGCUCCAGGGUGAGGAGAUUCGGCGCCAGGAGCUGGAGAACACCGAGGUAGAAGUCAAGCAGGAGGAGAUAAGGCAACUUCUGAUGGAGUACAUGGAUGAUCCCGGGGGAAAGAAGGAGCUUGACGAGGUGGUGGAAAACCUGAGGCACUGGAAGGACAAGUGCAGCGCCCUCGGAUACAACUCCGACGGAGAGGAGCUGUCGCUGACAUCACUCCGCUCGUCGGCUACAGCAGAUGGAGUAGACGGCGUCGCCGAAGCAACUAUGGAGCGGAAGGUACAGGAGCGCGCGGAGAGGUCGCGCAGGAGAAAUGCCCGGGAGGUGUUCGACAUGUUCGACGCUGACGGCAGCCACACCAUCUCCACCUCCGAGAUGAAGGCGCUGUUGCAGGAGAUGUGCAUCCCCAUGAAGAAGCCGCAGCUCAAGGAGCUGAUGCAAGAAAUCGACACCGAUGGGAGCGGAGAGAUCGACUUUGACGAGUUCUACCAGUGGUACAAGGCCAACGCUUCCGCCGCGAGGAACGCCGACAAGACUAAGACGGUCGGGCUGUUCGCGACCAAGCUGGUUAAGGGCCUCACGGGAUUCACGUUUCGCAUGGAGGCUCUGCGCAUCAUCAUCGCGCACGCGCAGGCACAGGUGGAGAAACGGGAGCGAGCGCGAUUUCGCCUGGCGAGGCCACCCCGGUUCGUCUGCGAGACGUGCGGCGAGUCGUUUGCCUCCGCCAAGGACCAGCACAGGCAUACGGCCCGGAAGGAGGUGCACCACGAGGCCUGGGAGGCGGCAAAGCGAGAGGCCAUACGGCGGUUUCAUCCGGUUCGCAUGGGUCGUUGUCGUUGCUGUCGUUGUCGUUGUCGUCGUCGUCGUCGUCGCUGAGAUAGUUCAUGACUGCAUGGAAGUUUCACCGGAACACGCAGCAUUCGUAUCCUAGCCGUGCUUCGGUCAAGAAUGAACGAAAACCCCCGUUCAUGCCUGCGUUCCGUGUCUGUUCUCGCACUCUCUCCCUCCCUUAUCCGCCACAUCCCUCUCCCUCCUAUUGGUACUCCACAACUCCGCACCCUUCCCCGGGGGGGCUUGUUUUACGGGUACCUCGUUUCGCAAUGCCCCACAUAGGUAUCUGUAAUCCUAGACCACACGGCAGCGCCGUCGGCAGAGGGAGCACCCGCGGAUGAGCCGCACAGAUCCCCGGACGCACCGACGGCCCGAAAGAAGCGGCUACGACGAUUGGUGUUUAGUGACAACUUCUACAUCCUCUA